AUGCAGAACACCGAGCCCGUAGUCAGGAAGCCAGUCGCGCGGUGGCUGCCACCAAUUCCCCCUACUACGCAAGGAUCGCCUAGUACGGUGUCGACGAUCUCUACCUUUCCGACCCGCUGGCGGGUCACCAACGUUCAGAAUUCCCCUCAAACUCAAGCCUCGAAUAGUCCCCCAACCCGGUCGACCGCGCAUACGAACUUUCCGACGCAACGCUCGAUACCCCGGCACGCCCCGCCAACCCCUGCAGUCCAAACUCGACGCGUCAAGUUCGCUGCUACGCCUUCUCGCGUGCCCUUCGCCCCCUCGUACUCGUCUUCAAGCACUCUGACUCGCUCGCCUCUUGCGUCGUCGCCAUGGAUCAACCAGACAGUUUCUGCAUCGCCUAAUGACGAAACCGCAUCAUUUGCAUCGUUCUCAUCGCACUCAUCGCUGUAUCCGUCAAUCCGUGCAGGCUCACGGACCAUCGUCAACGCACCACCAACCACAACUGCUUACGCGCUUGCCACCAAUGCCUACUCGCCCCAGGUUCCCAUCAAUGUAUACUCUCCUCCUGCGAACGCAAGAUUGGUAGAACCCCGGAUUCAUCGCCCGCGAAGAGCCUUCGUGCCUCGAGCUUCGCCUUCUAAUCUAUCUCUUGGAGCGUCGAGCCCUGCGAGCUUCGCGUCAACCUACACGACUGCAAGUGCCUCAGCCGAAGCGUCUGCGAAAUCCAUCAAGCGCUCUCCGAAGCAAGUUACAACUCUACCGUUCUCGGUCGACUCUCUGCGCGCUUUGGUCCCAUAUAUCGAUAUUGAUGCUUCGGAUGUGCUGCAAGUGCAGAAUAUGUUCGUCAAGGGUCGCAUGUGCCCUGAAUGCGGCGAUGAUCUGCCUUCAGUGGGCCGGCAACUCUGGCAAACCAACGAGACCCCUCAAGACACGGCAGCCUUCCUUCGCAUUCGCUGCCCAAGCUGCCAAGUUGACUACUGUUGCGGCUGUCUUGCCGACUGGAAGUCUUGCGCCGCCCAGCUUCGUCGCCCGACCUUCCCGGCCUCCGAUGCACCUUGUGCGAAGGGGUGCGCCAUCGGCGUCUUCGAGAUCCUCGACGCCCUCGAUCGUGCAUGCGUAGCACAUCCGCUUCGUGCUGAAGAGGUACCCCUCAUGCUCAAAGCAUCUUGCGAGCUUCUCGCUCGUGUUCUUGUUCAUCCGUUCCACGGCGGCGACUCGCACCAAGCUAUCGGAGUCCUACUGGCUGCCUCCCGCCUCCCGGCCCUUCUCGUCCUCCUCUUCGCGCGCACGACAACUACGCAGCUCUGGAUUGCGCGAGCCGAGCUCUACCGCGCCGCGCUCGACGUCCUUUGGCGCAUCGUCGGCACCCCCGAAAUCCUCGUCGGCCUCAUCACCCUCCCGCGCGUUCUACGCACCUGCGGGCUGCGCGCAUGGAUCGUGGGCGAGGGUGAGAUCUCGUGGUCAGUGGCGCGGGAUGGAAGUGGAGGGAUAAAGGAGCUAGUGAUGGUAUUGGCGGAGAGGAGGCUGGAGCUGGAGAGGGAGAUGAAGGGGGCGGAGGCGGAGGUAAAGAAGACGUUGGGGUUGCUUGUGGGGGAUAUUAUUGCGGUGGAGAAGCAGGCGAAAUUGGCUUCGUUGUCUUGA